CCGGGCCGGGCCGGGCUGGAGCAGCGGCGGCGGCGGCGGCCGCGGGAGCCUAGCCUGCAGCGAGGGACCGGCUGAGGCGCGCGGGAGGGAAGGAGGCGAGGGCUCCGCCGCGCUGCCGCCGCCGCCGCUCGCGGGGAAGAGAUGGCGGCGGAGCGGAGAGCCCGGCGACUCCUCAGCACCUUCUCCUUCUGGCUCUGCUGCCUGCUGCUGCUCGAGCGCCGGGCGUCGGGCGCCGCGGCCGCCAGGAGCGGCUCCCCGCCGCAAUCCCCAGGAUCCAGCAUUCGGACAUUCACUCCAUUUUAUUUUUUGGUGGAACCAGUGGAUACCCUCUCAAUUAGAGGCUCUUCUGGUAUACUAAACUGUUCAGCAUAUUCUGAGCCUUCUCCAAAAAUUGAAUGGAAAAAAGAUGGAACUUUUUUAAACUUAGUGUCAGACGAUCGACGCCAGCUUCUCCCAGAUGGAUCUUUAUUUAUUAGCAAUGUGGUGCAUUCCAAACACAAUAAACCUGAUGAAGGUUAUUAUCAGUGUGUGGCCACUGUUGAGAGUCUUGGAACUAUUGUCAGCAGAACAGCCAAGCUCACAGUAGCAGGUCUUCCAAGAUUUUCCAGCCAACCAGAACCUUCUUCGGUUUAUGUUGGGAACAGUGCAAUUCUGAAUUGUGAAGUUAAUGCAGAUUUGGUCCCAUUUGUGAGGUGGGAACAGAACAGACAGCCUCUUCUUCUGGAUGAUAGACUUACCAAACUUCCAAGUGGAACACUAGUUAUCAGCAACGCAACUGAAGGAGAUGGGGGACUCUAUCGCUGCAUAGUUGAAAGUGGUGGGCCACCAAAGUAUAGUGAUGAAGUUGAAUUAAAAGUUCUUCCAGAUCCUGAGGUUACAUCAAACUUGGUAUUUUUGAAACAACCUUCUUCCUUAGUCAGAGUCAUUGGUCAGAGUGCAGUGUUACCAUGUGUUGCUUCAGGACUUCCUACUCCAACCAUUAGAUGGAUGAAAAAUGAGGAAGCGCUUGACACAGAAAGCUCUGAAAGAUUGGUACUGCUGGCAGGUGGUAGUCUGGAGAUCAGUGACAUCACCGAGGAUGAUGCUGGCACUUACUUUUGUAUAGCUGAUAAUGGAAAUGAGACCAUUGAAGCUCAAGCAGAGCUUACAGUACAAGCUCAACCUGAAUUCCUGAAGCAGCCUACUAAUAUAUAUGCUCAUGAAUCUAUGGAUAUUGUAUUUGAAUGUGAAGUGACUGGGAAGCCAACUCCAACUGUGAAGUGGGUCAAGAAUGGGGAUAUGGUUAUCCCAAGUGAUUACUUUAAGAUUGUAAAGGAACAUAAUCUUCAAGUUUUGGGUCUGGUGAAAUCAGAUGAAGGGUUCUAUCAGUGCAUUGCUGAAAAUGAUGUUGGAAAUGCACAAGCUGGAGCCCAACUGAUAAUCCUUGAACAUGAUGUUGCCAUCCCAACAUUACCUCCCACUUCACUGACCAGUGCCACUACUGACCAUCUAGCACCAGCCACAACUGGACCACUGCCUUCAGCUCCUCGGGAUGUCGUGGCCUCCUUGGUCUCUACCCGCUUCAUCAAAUUGACAUGGCGGACACCUGCAUCAGAUCCUCAUGGGGACAACCUUACCUACUCUGUCUUCUACACCAAGGAGGGGAUUGCUAGGGAACGUGUUGAAAAUACCAGUCGCCCCGGAGAAAUGCAGGUAACCAUCCAAAACCUAAUGCCAGCGACUGUGUACAUCUUUAGAGUUAUGGCUCAAAAUAAACAUGGCUCCGGAGAGAGUUCAGCUCCACUACGAGUAGAAACACAGCCUGAGGUUCAGCUCCCUGGCCCAGCACCUAACAUCCGAGCGUAUGCAACUUCACCUACUUCCAUUACUGUCACCUGGGAAACACCAUUGUCUGGAAAUGGGGAAAUUCAGAAUUACAAACUGUACUACAUGGAAAAAGGAACUGAUAAAGAACAGGAUGUUGAUGUUUCAAGUCACUCCCACACCAUUAACGGGUUGAAAAAAUAUACAGAGUAUAGUUUCCGAGUGGUGGCCUACAAUAAACAUGGUCCUGGAGUCUCCACACAAGAUGUUGCUGUUCGAACAUUUUCAGAUGUUCCCAGUGCUGCUCCUCAGAAUCUGUCUUUAGAAGUAAGAAAUUCAAAGAGUAUUGUGAUUCACUGGCAGCCACCUCCUCCAGCCACACAAAAUGGGCAGAUCACUGGCUACAGGGUUCGCUACCGAAAGGCCUCCCGAAAGAGCGAUGUCACUGAGACUUUGGUGACUGGGACACAGCUGUCACAGCUGAUUGAAGUUACAAAUGCUUGUGUAGCCCAUUCUGGCACAUCCUGUUCAGUGUGUGCAGGGAGGAGACAGAGAGGUCUUGAUCGGGGGACUGAAUAUAAUUUCCGGGUGGCUGCUCUAACAGUCAAUGGUACAGGCCCUGCUACUGACUGGCUGUCUGCUGAAACUUUUGAAAGUGACUUAGAUGAAACUCGUGUCCCUGAAGUGCCUAGUUCUCUUCACGUCCGCCCACUUGUCACUAGCAUCGUAGUAAGCUGGACACCUCCGGAGAAUCAGAACAUUGUGGUCAGAGGUUAUGCCAUUGGUUAUGGCAUUGGCAGCCCUCAUGCCCAGACCAUAAAAGUGGACUAUAAACAGCGCUAUUACACCAUCGAAAAUCUGGAUCCCAGCUCUCACUAUGUGAUUACCCUGAAAGCAUUUAACAAUGUGGGUGAAGGUAUCCCCCUCUAUGAGAGUGCUGUGACCAGACCUCACACAGUGCCAGAUCCUACUCCCAUGAUGCCACCCGUGGGAGUUCAGGCUUCCAUUCUGAGUCAUGACACCAUAAGGAUUACAUGGGCAGACAACUCACUGCCCAAACACCAGAAGAUUACAGACUCCCGAUACUACACAGUCCGAUGGAAAACCAACAUCCCAGCAAACACCAAGUAUAAGAAUGCUAAUGCAACGACUUUGAGUUAUUUGGUGACUGGUUUAAAACCAAAUACACUCUAUGAAUUCUCUGUGAUGGUGACGAAAGGUCGAAGAUCAAGCACAUGGAGUAUGACAGCACAUGGGACCACUUUUGAAUCAGCUCCUGCUUCUCCACCCAAGGAUGUGACAGUUGUGAGUAAAGAGGGAAAACCUAGGACCAUAAUUGUAAAUUGGCAGCCUCCCUCUGAAGCCAAUGGCAAAAUUACAGGUUACAUCAUAUAUUACAGUACGGACGUGAAUGCAGAGAUACACGACUGGGUUAUUGAGCCUGUUGUGGGAAACAGGCUGACUCACCAGAUACAAGAAUUAACACUUGACACACCAUACUACUUCAAAAUCCAAGCUCGGAACUCAAAGGGCAUGGGGCCCAUGUCUGAAGCUGUCCAGUUCAGAACACCCAAAGCCUCAGGGUCUGCAGGGAAAGGAAGCCGUCUGCCAGACCUAGGAUCCGACUACAAACCUCCAAUGAGCGGCAGUAACAGCCCUCAUGGAAGCCCCACCUCUCCUCUAGACAGUAACAUGCUGCUGGUCAUCAUCGUUUCCGUUGGCGUCAUCACCAUCGUGGUGGUCGUGAUCAUCGCUGUCUUUUGCACCAGGCGUACCACUUCUCACCAGAAAAAGAAACGAGCUGCUUGCAAAUCAGUGAAUGGCUCCCACAAGUACAAAGGGAACUCCAAGGAUGUCAAACCCCCAGACCUCUGGAUCCAUCAUGAGAGACUGGAGCUGAAACCCAUUGAUAAGUCUCCAGACCCAAACCCCAUCAUGACGGAUACUCCAAUUCCUCGUAACUCUCAAGAUAUCACACCAGUUGACAAUUCCAUGGACAGCAACAUCCAUCAAAGGCGGAAUUCAUAUAGAGGGCAUGAAUCAGAGGACAGCAUGUCUACACUGGCUGGAAGGCGGGGAAUGAGACCAAAAAUGAUGAUGCCCUUUGACUCCCAGCCACCCCAGCCUGUGAUUAGUGCCCAUCCCAUCCAUUCCCUCGAUAACCCUCACCAUCAUUUCCACUCCAGCAGCCUCGCUUCUCCAGCUCGCAGUCAUCUCUACCACCCGGGCAGCUCAUGGCCCAUUGGCACAUCCAUGUCCCUUUCAGACAGGGCCAAUUCCACAGAAUCUGUUCGAAACACCCCCAGCACUGACACCAUGCCAGCCUCCUCGUCUCAGACAUGCUGUGCUGAUCACCAGGAUCCUGAAGGUGCUACCAGCUCCUCUUACUUGGCCAGCUCCCAAGAGGAAGAUUCAGGCCAGAGUCUUCCUACAGCCCACGUUCGCCCUUCCCACCCACUGAAGAGCUUUGCUGUGCCAGCAAUCCCUCCCCCAGGUCCUCCCACCUAUGAUCCAGCGUUGCCAAGCACACCGUUACUAUCCCAGCAAGCUCUAAAUCAUCACAUUCACUCGGUGAAGACGGCCUCCAUUGGGACUUUAGGAAGGAGCCGGCCUCCUAUGCCAGUGGUGGUUCCCAGUGCCCCUGAAGUGCAGGAGACCACAAGGAUGCUGGAAGACUCCGAGAGUGUGAGUUCGCAGGGCCACCAGCCCCGCCAGGAUGACUAGAGCUAUGAACCAGAUGAGCUGACCAAAGAGAUGGCCCACCUGGAAGGACUGAUGAAGGACCUAAAUGCCAUCACGACAGCAUGACGACCUUGACCGGGACGUGACUCCAGACCUGAGUCUAGAAGUCUUGGGACUUAGCCUUGAAAACAAGGAGUUGUACAGAGCACGAGAGGACAGCACUUGAAAACACAGAGUGAGCAGGCCGCCCGGCCAGCACCCCCACGUGGGGCCAGCUCCAGGCCUGGCCGCCUGCCUUCUCCUGGUCGGCCUGGAAGACGCCGUGUCAAGGCAGCUUCCCUUUGCCUGCCGCUACCCUGCAGGACUGGGCACCAUGGGCCAAAAUUUUGUGUCCAGGGAAGAGGCAAGAAGUGCAACCUCUGUUUCACUUUGUGGUCAGGCUGCGUCUUCAUGCUGCGACGGCAUCGCCUUUAUGGAGUGUAGACGUUGGCAUUUAUGUACAAUUUUAUUUGUGUCCUAUUUUAUUUUACCUUCAAAAGAAAAACACUAUCGAAACCCAAGGAAGUCUGUGGUGUUAUCCACAAGUGGUUGACGUUUGACUACUUGUUUGAAUUAUGUCUGGAAAGUCAUUGACAGUGUGGGUUGUUCCAGGGGUUGGCGUGUUUUGUGUUUUUGUUUUUAUUUUUGAUUCUGAGUCAUUGCAUCCUCUACCAGCUGUUAAUCCAUCACUUUGAGAGGGGGGAGGAAAUGUUGCAUUGCUGUUUGUAAGCUUUUUUAUUUUUUUUAUUAUAAUUAUUAAAGGCCUGACUUUCUCCUCUCAUCACUGUGAGAUUACAGAUCUAUCUGAAUGAAAUGUAACAUUGAAAAGACUUGUUUGUUGCUUUCUGUGCAGUUGCAGUAUUGGGGUGGGGGGCGUUGGGGGGGUUGGGAACUGGAAAUGGAGGGGCUGCUGAGGUCCUGUGAAUGUUUCAGUCAUUGUACUUCCUUCCAGAAACCUGCAGAGAAUGGAAGCAUCUUCUUUACUGUCCUGGCAUGUCCAUCUCUAUUGUCACUAAGUUGCAACUGGAGUUUCAUUUGGAUCUAGUUAAAAAUUUCUUCUGUGCAAUAGGUGGGUUCGAGGAUGUAGCUGCCCUGGUGUCUUGGUCAUAUCCUGAUAAGAAUGUCCACGCUGAGGAGUCAGGCGCUGUAUUGCAGGAGUGAUGGCAGGACAGGGCACGAGCCUGGCCGAGUUCCUGGGAAAUCGGAGAAGAGGUUAGAGACCCUUUCCUGCUGUUACCAUGUGUUCCCUUCGGGGAAGUCGGAGGUUAAGGAGGGAGCUUUGUUCCCAUGUAGGACUCCUUGCUUCUCCCUAGCUCCUGUCCUCAGCCAGUCCAGCUCUCACUUCCACGCCUCAGAGCCCCACGGGGAAGGUGUUAGCAAGAAUGAAGCAGGCAGGGGCUGCAGCACCAGUGAGGCUCCCCACUUCUUUCUGAGCACUGUUCUGUACGUAGCAGGGGACGGGGAGAGUGGCCUCCCCAACUCCUACACACCAUCCCAGCAGCUCAGCUAAGCCCCUGAUCUGAACAGGGCAGCAGGAGGUCUCUGAGGUGUGCUGAGAGGCUGGCCACACAAGAAGCCUUUGCCUUUGCAGGAGGUUCUUGUAUGCUUUUUCUCAAAAAUGUAAGGAGCUGAGGUUUUUCUUUUUGUUUAAUAUAAAGAAUCUCUUAAGAAUACAGGACUGACCCUCAGGCAUCUUCCCCUGCUCCCCAACAAAUCCCCAGAAGAGAGUGUGGAAGGCAGUGCAGAAGGCGGAUUGCGCUUUGGUUCUGUAGCCAAGAAGAGGUCAGCUGCUGAGAACACCAGUGGGCACUCGGACCUGCCUGCCCUGGGGCCUGUGCUCUGCCCUGGCCACACAGGCGCCCUGCUUGCCUUUGUACCUUGGUUAUUUCCCCUAUUUAGGUCUUACCACACAUUUGCUUUUCUAGAAGAUGAACUCUGUUUCUCAACUGGGGGCAAUGAAAAGUGCAAUGCUGGAACUCCUGUUGCCCUGCUAGCUGGUCACAGAGGAUAGUGCCAGGCCGGAUUCUGGAAACCCAGUGCACUUAAACUGAUCCUGAAAAGAGCACUCAGAACACUCUGGACACCAGGAGGGCUAGAUUCCCCAGAAACUGUCUUACCUUUUGCCCAAAGAAACAUGCUCGGUAUUCGGGGCAUUCCCUCCCAUGAACCCUGAUACUUUGGUUACCUCAGGGCCUUGGUACCUGGAUACUGCCACAGAACUGGGGUGGGGGGAGGGGCCUAUUUUUAAAUAACUGUUCAAAGUUCGGGGAUUUUUUUAAAUUAAGAAAAAGGAAAGUUAUUCUGUAUUGCACCUUUUCACAGUUUAAUACAUUUUCUUACAUUUUCCUGUGAUUUUUGAAAUUAAACCAUUGUGUGUCUUGUAAUGUCCUAGUUGAGCUGCUGACCAGCAGUUUCCUUCAGGAGGAUUUGGAGCAAAUGUGUCUGUUGCCUUGUCACCUGCUGGAAGGGGACCUGGAGGGCUGCUGGGGACUAGUUUCUGUACACACUUGUUUGGCCUUUUCUGUAGUUGAUGCUGUAAACUCUAUGGCUUUUUGAAAAACAAUUUCAUGUUUUUAUUUAGUAUUGGAAAUCCAAUACACUUUUUUAAAUCCAAUCAAA